AGGAAACAAAAACAAUCGCCCGGGCGCCGCCAUCUUGGGCCGGUUCUCCACACGCCACACGGGUGAAUGGGUAGAUAUGAGAUUACCACGGGGGAGCAGCGGCAGCAGGGCACCGAGGGCUGUUCCGCGCUGCCAGCGACACUCGGCGGGCUCUAGGCACGGCCGCCGCCGCUCGGAGAGAAUCCCCCGGCUCGGCCUUUUCGCCUCGCCAGCCCCUAAGCUGCACUGCUGGAGGGACAAAGUUGGGCUGAGCCGCGCUGCCUCCGCCGCCCGGGAGACCGGAGAGUUGAGCCGGGGUCAGAGUUAGGGGAGAGGGUGAGGAGGGGAUCGCUCCCCGCUCCGCCGUGUGGGAGGCGCGGGGAGAAGGCUCUGCCUCCCCGCCCCUGCCGUCUCCUGCUGCUCGCUCCUAGGAGGAAAAGAAAAAGGAGGAGGAAAAAAAAAAAAAAAAAAAAAAAGAGGCAAGAACUGGAUUGAGCUCGGAGGGGUGGAUUUUGUGGAGCCUCCGUGUGUGAGCAGCGGCGGGGCGGCCAGGAGGAGAUGUGUCCGUGAGGAGGGAGAGGAGCGUGGAUCCAUCCAGGAGCCGUGAGCCGCGAGAGGAGCCGGGAUCCAUCCAGCCCCAGCCGUGAGGCACCGCCGCCUCCCUUCCAAAGAAGCCCAUUUCUCCUGGAAGCACGGCGCUCGGCAAGGAUUUGCCACAAAGAAUAUACCACCCUCCUUCCCAGCGCCUGGAUACUGCAUUUUUUUUUUAAAUUUUUUUUUGGUACCCCCCUCCCCAGCCACUCUUGUGUGUUUAAAUACCAAAUAUAGCCUCUCGCGGGGGGAGGGGAUGGAAAUCUCCUAGAAGAAUUGGAAAUCUUGCUGGGAUUCGGGAGUGCUGGUGCUGGAGAAGGGCGGUGAAGAAGGGGGGAUGCACUGCUCUCGCUGCCUGGCCAAGGACUAGAGAUUUGCCACUUCCCGGGAAGCCCGAAGGUUUGUUUGUUCCCAGACUGUUGUUUCCCCCCUUUCCCUCUCCUGGGCUACGCUAAAUCCCUCAGCAUUUAUUCAAGAAAACCCACGUGUAGCUGGUGGCUGGUUUUUAAGGUAGUUUUUAAUCUACAAACUGACAAAAAAAUAAAACUUCCUCUCUUCGCCCCGAGGUUUGGAACUGGAAUGGAGCUGCUUUUCUCCCAAACACUACAGGAGGUGUGAAGUGGGGGAGGCAGGACGAAAACAUCGCCUUGGACUGAUCCCGAUCCGACCCCCCGACACUCGCACCCACGAGGGAUGAUCCUUCUCGGCGCCUGAUGUGGAAAACAUUUGGAGACUCAGAGACUUCGUCGAGUUCAGCAGCUUAAUCGUUGACUUAUUUUGUUUUGGUUUUUAUUUUUUUUUUUUAAGUGGAUUCGUAGCAUUACUUUUAUUAAUUGAAUUUUGCCACCGUUUGUACAGAAGCCAAAUGACACGUGUGUUUUGAAGCACGGUUCCAAAUAUAUUUAUCCCUCCCUCAACCCGGAUUCUGUCUAGAAAGAGCCUCGGGGAGGUCGUCAGUGUCUAAACAAACCUGAUUUUUAGUGUUUUAUGAACACUACCUGCUGCAGAAAUGUUGCUAUAAAUUGCUUUAUAACGGUUCAGCAAGAAGGGAGAUUUUUCCAGCUUGCAGGACCCAGAAAACUGGAUACUUAAAGUCACUUAAAUGUUUUAACAGCAUUGGAAAAUGGGAGCUGCUACUAAGUUGGCGUUCGCUGUUUUUCUUAUCUCUUGUUCAUCAGGUGCCAUCCUGGGUAGAUCAGAGACACAGGAGUGCAUCUACUACAACGCUAACUGGGAGAAGGAUAAAACCAAUCGCAGCGGGAUCGAGCCCUGCUAUGGUGAUAAAGAUAAAAGGAGACACUGCUUUGCUACAUGGAAAAAUAUUUCUGGAUCAAUUGAAAUCGUGAAGCAAGGCUGCUGGCUGGAUGACAUCAAUUGUUAUGACAGGAAUGAUUGCAUAGAGAAGAAGGACAGCCCUGAUGUGUUUUUCUGUUGCUGUGAGGGCAACAUGUGCAACGAGCGCUUCUUCUACUUCCCGGAGAUGGAGGUCACGCAGCCAACUUCCAAUCCUGUUACACCGAAGCCACCUCUGUUCAACACCUUGCUCUACUCCUUGGUGCCUAUCAUGGGAAUUGCAGUGAUUGUGCUCUUCUCCUUCUGGAUGUACAGACAUCACAAGCUGGCCUAUCCUCCAGUGCUUGUUCCCACCCAGCACGCCUUUCAUAUAAUGAUUGAGGAUCCUGGGCCUCCCCCGCCAUCUCCCCUGAUGGGUCUGAAGCCGCUGCAGCUCCUGGAGAUCAAAGCCAGGGGGAGAUUUGGGUGUGUGUGGAAAGCUCAGCUGCUCAACGAAUACGUUGCAGUCAAAAUAUUCCCCAUCCAGGUGAGCAGAACUCUCGGGGUCCUGGUUUUUCCUCACAUUAAAACAGCUUUUCUUGGCCCAAUAAUCCUGGGGUCCCUGACAGAUUUCCUCAAGGCCAACGUGGUGUCGUGGAACGAGCUGUGCCACAUCGCCCAGACCAUGGCCCGGGGCCUGGCCUACCUGCACGAGGACAUCCCGGGGCUGAAGGACGGCCACAAGCCAGCCAUCUCCCACAGGGACAUCAAAAGCAAGAAUGUGCUGCUGAAAAACAACCUCACGGCUUGUAUUGCUGAUUUCGGUCUAGCUUUAAAGUUUGAGGCUGGAAAGUCUGCAGGAGACACCCAUGGACAGGUGGGCACCCGCAGGUACAUGGCUCCCGAGGUGCUGGAAGGUGCCAUCAACUUCCAAAGGGACGCGUUCCUGAGGAUAGACAUGUACGCCAUGGGCCUGGUGCUCUGGGAGUUGGCCUCGCGCUGCACGGCCGCCGACGGCCCCGUGGAUGAGUACAUGCUGCCCUUCGAGGAGGAGAUCGGCCAGCACCCCUCCCUGGAGGACAUGCAGGAAGUUGUGGUGCACAAAAAGAAGAGGCCUGUCCUAAGGGAGUGCUGGCAGAAACAUUCUGGAAUGGCGAUGCUGUGCGAGACCAUCGAGGAGUGCUGGGAUCACGACGCCGAGGCGCGGCUGUCCGCGGGCUGCGUGGAGGAGAGGAUCAUCCAGAUGCAGAAACUCACUAACAUUAUAACAACAGAGGACAUCGUGACUGUGGUCACAAUGGUGACAAACGUUGACUUUCCUCCCAAAGAAUCCAGUCUAUGAUAGUUGCACUGGUCAUGGAAGUGACCACAGGACUCUUCACUGGAGCUGCUACAGCGCACGGACUGCUGGCGUCACCGCUGUUCCGGGUGGCAAGAACGGAUGGUAAGUCUCUCUGGAACAUCACCAAGAGGUGUUUCUCCUUUGUUUUCCCCCUCCUCCUCCCCAACGUGGAUCCAUGAGACUUUCUGCAUUCCCUGCUUACACCUGAAGGACGUGACUGAGAAAACCCCUCACGUGCUGAUAAGGAACUUACAAUGAAGAACCCGGACCUGAACGGGCUAAUGAGCAUUUUAAACACUGACAUCAGAUUUCUUAAUCCCUGUCAGAAGACACUAAUUCCUUUAAAUGAACUACUGUUAUUUUUUUUAAAUCAAAAAACAUUUCAUUUCAGAUUUAAAAACAACAAAAAAAAAAGGGUAACUUGUUUUUAUUGCAUUCGUUGUUGUUUAUAAAAUGACUAUUGUAAUGCGACUACGACACAGCUUGUGAAUGUUCCGUGUGCUGCUGUUCCGUGUACAGAAACAAGAGUAAUCAAUGGGAUAGAGCAAAGAGGCUUCCAAGUAUUACUUAACCUCCCUCAACCAGGUAUACCUCAGUUCCACCUCGCUAAAUUAUGAUUGACAACACUAAUUGGAAUAAUAAACCGCUCCGUGUUUUGUAAAUGAUGUAUUCCCAAUUCCCUGUGUUAUUUAAGAAGGGGAAAGCUUCAUGCCCCCAGGAAGUGGCCAUUCCUAGAGCCGUGUUUUUAGCCUUUUCUUGUACUCGCUUGUUGUGUAUAAAAAAAGAGAAAGUGCUGUUUAUUGGAAGAAAAUUUUCCUUCCUCUUUUAGUUGAAAGCUUUUCCCUCCAUUUCCCAGAGUAUCUCAUCCAUUUAUUUAACUGAAUACUAUUUAGGUUUGCUGUGUCUGAGGAAUAUUUGAAACCUUAAGCAUGACUUCUUUUUUUUUUAUUUUAAAUUUUCUCUGAGCUGUGACACUGGAAAGCUCCGAAUUCUUGUUGUUUUUUUUGAAAAGAGUCUUUUUCCUAUUUAUGUUUGUGCCGAGGUCGCCGCGUGCUCCCUGUCCCGCCAGGCAGUGGGGGCUGUGUCACUGUUUCAGGAUCACCUCAGGAAGCUCAGUUCCCCCAAUUCCUCACCCUUUGCUUGGAGAUUUGCAGCUUCCCUCCACUCAGAGCUCGGUGCCAUGGGAGGGGAGCGCAGCUCACUGCCUGUGAGCCACAGGUUGAGCCUGGAGUCACACACAAAGUUCUAGCCACAGAUUGCAGAUCCUACAUGUUACAAAUUUCAGGGAUAACCUAGUUCUGCUCACGAUAUGCAAUGACCAUUCCGAGGUAACGAAAGGAAUUUCAACGGCCAGAGCGCAGACUCGCAGAAAACGAGGAAAAACAUGGGAAUUCACAACUCCAGCACUGGAGUUCAGGAUGUCAAGCCUUGUGCUGGAAUUACAGUGACUGGUAGCUGGGUGCCAAAGUGCUUCUCCCAAAUCCUGUCACACUGCAUUGAUUGGAUCCUUCACGCCAAAUUCCAAGGAAAGUAAAUGUUGUAACCCCCUGGAGCGCAGAGCCGGCAGCGGCCCGUGGUGUGCUGUGUCCUUGUCUCCGUGUGCCCACUCCCAGUGUCUCCUGAGAGCAGCAGGUGGCAGCUCCUGGAACCUGGAGCUGGGAACUUCAUCCCUGGGAACAGUGGGAUGCGAUGGAUGAAGCAGAGCCAGCUCUGGGCAGGGAGGGAGGAAGGGCUGAUGCCAGCCAGGGCCGUGGCACUGCCGUGCCCACAGAUCCUGCUCCAAGGGGCCGUUGGAGAAGGAAUCCAGUUUGUGUCCCCUUGGCUGGACACUUCCCUGUGGCUUCCAUUUGUGCUCCACUUUUAAUUCAACUUCACACGGAGCAGGACAGGCCCGGAGUUCUGAACAAAUCCCAACCCCAUCCUUUCCACGGGCUCCUCGGACCCUUCCCUGGCAAAACCAGAGCCACGGGCUGUGCUGUUGGAAAUCUGAUGCAAAAACUGCAGCUGUAUCCAAGUCCCUCCUUGCGUGUGACCCUUCCCAAGGAGCUGCUGCGGGCUCAGGGCUGUCCCUGCUCACUUCUGUUCCACUCCUGGGAUUUCCCAGCAUCAUGUAGCAUCCCUGAGGAAAGGCUGCUCCUUCCCAAAGCUUUUAAAUGGGGCAGAAUGGCCCCGAGCUGCUCUGCCCCAGGGCUUGGGAAUGGACUCGUUUCCCUUCAGAGCAGCAAGGGCAGGAUGCUGGCAGUGUUGGUUUGGGCUGUGCCCCUGUCCCCUCCUGCCUGGCCUCACCGGGUGUGACUGUCGAGGGUGACAAGUUCCUGUCCCACGUCCUCAGAGCUGCUGGCAGGGGCUGAAGCACGCUGCCCUUCCUGGGUAUUCCCAAACCCCCCGAGCGCGGGAUCACCCAGGAACUGCAGCGGUGCAGCUCCCAAACCUCACCUGCAACCAGUGCUGAGACUCAUCCUGCUCCCAUCAGCAUCCACACAAUCAGCCAUCACCCCUCUCCUCUUUUCCAGCUUUUUUAACCUUUUUAGACAUUUCUGUUGAUCAGGAACACUUGGUACAAAACACAGGAAGCUGCAAUACACAUCCCUGGGCAAAAGGACUCCAGUAGCAUCCUUGAUGGAACAUCUGUUACCUCAGAUACUCAACCAGCAGGACUGCUUUGCUUUCUCCCUCCAGUUUGUUUUUUUCAGUCCAUCUCCUCUUCGUUACCUCUCGAGUUUGGUGAGCGAUUACUUUAACUUUCCUCUUUGUAUUUGUCAGUGUUUUGGGCACAGGUUGUUGUACUACUGUUAAAAGGCACUUGCUGCUUUUCUGCAAGUGCCAAAAAACCAACCAACCCCCCCCUCGCCCUCAAUAAAGUGAUUGUUAAAUAUUGUACAAAUACAAAUGUAUACUCUGCCCUCUUCCCCAGCGGGAAAAUAAAAAAUGUGACUACUCCGA